UGGGCUGUGGGUGAGGGCAGGCCCGUGACCAGACUGAAGCUGGGGAAGUUAAAGGUGGUGCGGCGGCAGCUGCUGCAGAGGUAUGAACACCAGCCCUUUGUCUCCUGUCUGGCUGGUCUCUACGGUUGCCAAUGGAGACGAUACCAAAGAGCCCGCGCACAGCCGGGAGAGUGCUGCUGCAGCAAGGUGGAAUGUGGCAGUUUUGGCCUCCUGAUCCUAACCUUCUUCCUGAGCUUUGUUUUCCUUUAUUUCUGGACCGAAGCUCAGAACGACUACAACGACUUUGACUGGUUUAACUUUGGGACUCUGGGGUUCUGGUUCCCCUGGUCUCUGGUCCUGCUGACUGUUGCAGCUGCUCUCUUCACAUACAUCGCCCUAUUACUGGUCCUGGCUGUGUGUCUGCUGUCUGAGGGUCAAAGGCUGUACUUACACUGGAGUCACAAGACUGGCAUCGUGGUGACGCUGGUGUUCUCCGUCGCAGCCACGGCCGUCCUCUCUGACCUCUGGAGCAAAGAAUGGAAGACUCUCCUUCUCUCGCUGCAGGUCACAGCACCUUACCUUCACCUGGGGGCCGUCUCCAUCAUGGCAGUCCUGUCGUGGCCUAUUGCACUGCACUUUUUCAGAAUGAACAAGAAAGUGCGUCAAAUCGCAGUGCUGGGUCUGUUCCUGUCUGUCCUGUUCUCGCUGUAUCUGGUGCCUCUGGGAAUGUACUCCCCCUGCAUUAAAGAGGCGGGAACACUGGGACCUGCACCCACUCUUAUUGGGCACAGAGGAGCUCCAAUGCUUGCUCCGGAGAAUACUAUCAUGUCUUUUGAAAGGGCCGUGGAAGCUGGAGCACAAGGACUGGAGACGGACGUCACCAUCAGUUAUGACGGUGUUCCAUUCCUGAUGCACGACUCCACUCUGAGGAGGACCACCAAUGUGGCAGAAGUUUUUCCAAACCAAACACACCUGGACGCCUCCAACUUUACGUGGACAGAGUUACAGCAGCUGAACGCUGGCAGCUGGUUCUUAUCGAGGGAUCCCUUUGGCACGGCAUCGUCGCUGUCUGAGGAAGAUCGCUUGCAGGCACAAAACCAGUCGGUGCCCUCACUGGCCCAGUUCCUGGAGGUAGCUGCCAAAAGCAACAGACUGGUGCUGUUUGAUCUGCGGAGGCCCCCUCACGGACACCCCUACAGUCAGUCAUACAUCAACACCACUCUGGAGGUCGUGCAGGCCCACAUCAAUUCCUCCCAGGUGUUGUGGCUGCCGUCAGAAGACAGGAAGCUGGUCCAUGCUGUCGAUCCGGAGCUGCAGCAGACGUCAGGAGAAAAAGCCUCCAUCCAGGAACUGACCGAUGACCACAUCAUCAGACUCAACCUGCACUACAGCAGCAUGUCACAGCAGCAGAUACGCAAAUAUCUGUCAGUGAACAUCAGCACCAACCUGUACGUCAUCAGCCAGCCGUGGCUCUACACUCUGGCCUGGUGUGCCGGAGCUCAGUCUGUCACCACCAACUCCAUCCACAUCCUGUCCCAGAUGGACAAGCCACUCUUCCUCAUGACGCCAGAAGAAUACGGUCUGAUGUGGAUCCUCACGGAUGUGGUGUCCGCCAUCCUCAUCUUUGCAAUUUUCGUAUUCCACUGGUGGAGAGAAAGAGGCCUGCCCUUCUGGUCCGGCAGCCGCCAGACCCACGAGAAUGGACCGUACAGCAAGUUCAGGACAGAGAUGAGUGACGUGUGGUCCAUUUCCAGUGUGAAUGUUCGGCCUGAUCUGAGGAGCACCCCCGGCUCCCCCAGCGUGCCUCACCUGCCCACCAUCUCAGAGGAGUGACUCGGAGGAGAGACGGAGAAAGAGAGGCAAGAAAGACAUCUACGAAGAACGGAGAAAAGGAUCACACAAAAAGAACUUGUUUAUAGUGUUUGUUAAGCCAACAUACGUGCUAGUCUAGUGCCUGAGUUUAGUUUAUUCAACCCGAAUUAUCAUCUAGAUAGAGUUGAACUCGACCUGGUUAGCUUCAGGUUGGAUGUCAGAUUAGCAAACACAACAUUUUUUGAGAGAGAAGUGAUCAGAAACAUCAGAGGAACUUCGGUAAGCUGCCAUCCUCACUCUGCGCUCCGACUGCCCGAGUGCCCUUCAGCAACACGACUCUGGGAGAGAGCUCCUGAGAUCCUGCGUCCGCUCUUUGACUUCACAGGUGGCAUCGAACGCCUGGAAGGUGGAGAUGAUGAAAAUGGAGACCGACACGUCCGAGAACAUAUGGACAUCUGGGGGUGGGAACUCCAACAGGAAGGAAACAUAGAUUCUGCUGUAAAAAGACAAAAGCUGCUUUCGUUCUUAUGCCUAGAUAUUGAAAACCAAACCUCGGAGAGAAGAAGCUGCUGUUCUCAGAACUCUGAAUGCAAAGGAUGGGAGAGCAGAUGUUUUCUGCGUAAGAUAGACUUUUUCAUUGUUCACUGUCUGAGAACACUUUAUACGAGAACGCCUGCUGUGGGAUUUCCUCUCGUACUUUUAAAGUUACGUAAAGACUGUGGCGCUCGCAUCAGAGCUGUAACGCUAGCGGUGUGAGCCCGGGGCUAUGCUACGUUCACAGCGGGUAUUUGACGCGCUCAAGAACUCAGUUUUAGCAUUUGGGGUUAACACUGGACGGUCUUUAUCCAAUACAAUAAGUUUGGUACAAAAUGUCACAAUUAUUAAUUUCUCCUUUAUGAUCAGUUUUCAAAGGGUUCAGUGAUUUAAAAGGGAUGCCAUCCAUCCAAGUCCCUGAUUGGUCAACCAAUUUAACUUUUAUUGGGCGUUCAAUGGCGUUUUGUACUUGGACACCAAAAAAAGGACAUAAUUUGAAUGCAGAAACCCGAAAUGUAAAACUUUGUCCGCUCACAUAGACUUUCAUUGAUAGUGGCUGUUUAAACAGGCGUCACCAGAGGCGAUGUGAACGUAGCAUUACGCAAACACAGUCGAGAUGUCCAAAACCAACAAAAUAAUGGAACUGCUCUCAAGAACACAACACUUAAGCCUCGUUUCCACUGAGAGCUCCGGUACAGUAUUUUAAACGUUUCUAUUGUAAAAUGGACCCAUUGAGCAGUUUCGACCCGUAACUCUUGAGGCCCCCCAUCUGUUAUAGGUCAUAGAAAAUGGAACAGGACGGUUGGGGUGCAGUCGCUGCAGCCACCUGCUGAUUGGCAGAAAGUGAUGACAAAUAUAAGCAAUAUAGCGCUAAGCUCAUUUCAGUUUUCCUCUUUACAGUGGUAUGCUUCUACGCCCCAAUCUUGUUUCAAACAACAUUCAAUUCUUGUUAUACACUAUAUACAAGAAGUAAAGCAAGAAAAAGUUGUUUUUCAAAUUGUUGUUGCUUUUUUAGUCUUCGCACUACAAUGACGGAAUGACACGCUAGCGGUCUACACCCCACAUGCGCCGUGAAAACAAACCGCUCAAAGGAACCGAAGUUUCCCUGAGUGGAAACGCUCGCCAGAAUGAACUGGAUCGUACCGUAGCGCUCAGUGGAAACGAGGCUUAACCUAAAAAGGUUUUUCAGGAACUCCCUGUCACAUUUUUUGGUUAAACAUUUCCUAAAAAGAUCCCAUAAAAGUUUACGAUUGCUGUCAGUAUGUCACUGUACUGCUAAGGCGUGGCGAGCAGGCGGACUCUGACCACUGAUUAAGUUGGGAUGGAUGUAAAACAGCUGACAACAUGGAUGGAGUCGGACAAUUGUUGCACCUUUUCUUCUUGCUCCAAGAAGCAGCAGUUUUUUCUUUCUUUGUGGCAUUAUUUGUUUAUUAACAUUAAUAUAAUCUAAGUUUGUAGAUUUUUUAUUUAAUUAGUAUUUUUUGUUACAAACAGAACCACAGAUGAGUAAAGACUGAGGAGUGUUUGUAACCACAGGAAUAAUAGCAGUGAACUCGCUAUUUCCAAACUCUUUCAUCACUUUCUCCACACGCCAUGUCGUGGAUCUGCCUCUCUGUUUUCAAAGAGGCAACUUAUUCAGGAUCAAACAAUGUCCUGUUAGCAAUUUAGUAAAAAUAAUCCCCAGAAACAGCUGAUGGGUUCUGUCCUACAGCUGGUUUAAAGGCUGGACUGAGAUGCAGCCGAGAAAGCGAUUAGAGAAGCAAUCCUUUUAACUGUGAAUUCUGCAGAGCUGCUGGAUCCCAUCAAAGCCCACAGAGCUGGAGGCCAGCACAGUAGGUCUCCUUUAAGCUUCACUCUGUGAGUUAUUAGACGUGUUAUUUGAACACUCUUCGAGUGACUGAAUGUAAACGUUUGAGAAAGAUUUUCUCAGCCAUUAUUUGUGUUUGCGCUAAGCUUCUGUAUAGAUGGAGGCUUCCUUUAGCUCCUUUCAGCUCAACCAACAAAGAAACUCACCGGAGACUACUCUUUGAACAGGACAAAACCAGAUUUUACACUAAAUACAGAAGCGGUAACUUACCAAAGUGUUGCUGUAAAUGUCAUCUGUGCAGUUUUAGGCUAAACUUCUUUAAAGCUGAAACCCAGAGAGUUGGUUAAGCAGGAUGCUCUCAGGAAGUGCCAUUUAAAACAAGACUGUGGAUUUGUUUCCACGACUCAUUGAAACUGUUUAUUUGCUCAUCGAUAGUAACGUUCAGGAGUUUAUUUAGCAAAUAUUAAACUUUGAGUUAUACACAGAUAGUUGCCUACAUGAAAUGUAUUGAACUUCAAGACGAGCAAAAGGACCAAAUUCAGAUUUUCUUUUCAGUUUGACAAUUUUUAUAAAACCUGUAAGUUUAGAGUUUUCGCUAUAGGUGUUCAUUAUUUUUAUUUGUGUUUCAGUAAACUAAAAUGUUUCGCUGCAAUAAACCUUUUUUUUUUCUUAAUCUUGAUUUAUUUUAAGACUAUUAAAUGAGAACUGCUGUCUAAGAAGUCAGAAAAUGAGUCAAAGGUCUGAGCAGAUCCGACGAGCUUAUAGUUAUGCAGCACGCUGUCGCGAGUUUCUGUUUUGCUGCAUUUGUGUUCAGCAUUUUAGCUCCAGUCAUCACUCUAGCUGCACAGCCGUAUUUAUUCUAUGGAAUAUGAUGAAUUCUACCAUCAGACAGCUUAUUUUUGUGAGCGACUCUGGUGUCAAUGCAGCGCUGCAUUGGUUUUCCUCCCAAGAUGCUUUGCAUUUUGAGCCUUGCAUGUGUUGGAUUUAUCCAACUUUAGUUUUCUUGAUGCUUUUCUGAAAGGAUGUGAUAGCCACUGAUUCAUCUCUGCAUCAUCGUUUGAACCGAGGCAGAUUUAAUGGCUCUUUAUAGUGGUAGUUUCUAUUAAAUAUAACCCUGAGAAUCAAAGAGAUUGUACCAAAAUAGGCUUUAGAAAAUUUUAAAACUUAUUUUUUAUUCCCCUAAUUAAGGACAAAUGUGAUUAGCAAUUUUAGAGAAAGGGUUUUUCACAUUUUCUGUAUUUUUGUAAAUGUCGUCAUAACAUUUUUUAAAUUUAAAAAGAAGUUUACUGUCUACUAGAAGGAACUUAAUCUGAAAAUGCUAUAGAUCAUCUUAAAAGUUAGCUAAAUCUGCUGUUAAAGUCCACCUCUGAUCAUUUUUUUUAUCUUUCAAAGCGUUUUCAGUGGGUUUUUUGAUCAUCAUUAUGCUGUUUUUUCCCCAAAUUAACCCUUUAACAUCUGAGCUUCAUUGUUUAUGUUCUUUGAGUUACUGUCAUUUUUUAAUCAUUAAAACGAUCAAAGUAAUUCCAGCAGAUUCUGAAACUACUGGAAUUACGUUUAUCGUUUUAUGUUACAAAUAGUUUCUUUCUCAAAGACAUUUUUAAUCUGCUUCUGAUUCACAUUUUGAAUUACAAAAUACUCAGAAGAAACAAUUUGGAGCUUAAUUUUCAUUAUAUAUGACCUUCAUCGUCAGAAAAAUGCCACACGGAAAACAGGAUUUUUAUCAGAAUGGGUCUUUAAUGGUUAAACUGUGUUCCAGUUUAUUCUUUCCCUUCUCUAAAUUUAAUUACAUCCUCAUAGAUCAGCGGUCUGCAACCUGCAGCUCCAGAGUCAAAUGUGGCUCUUUGACCCCUCCACUGUAGCUCUCUGGUUACAGGAAAAAAAAAAAAUUAAAUAGAACUCUUAAAAGUAAGUAUGUAGUAAAAUAAAAAAAAAAAACUAUGAAAAUUAGAUUCAACUCAUAUACAAGCAGUUGGACAUUACGUAUCAGAAGCUUUUUGACAGAUUUUUCAGUGCCAGAUUUUAUAUUUUUUAAACAACUUUAAGGAUUUGAAGUGUUUGUAAGACAAAUUGUCACUGAUUUAGCUCUGAUUUAGUUCAUUAAAUUUGCAAAUCUUUGUCUGAAAAUGGAAAAUCUAAUGAUUUGCUGCAUUGAGACGAUCCUAAGUGACACAGGUUGUCUUUUAUUUUGAAAAGAAGUCAUGUGAAAUCUCUGACAAAAAUUAUUUACUAUUUCAAGUUUUGAGAAAAAAAAAGCUUCAUUUUAAUUUGCCAAAAACAACAGUUUGUUUAUAGUAAUCAUAAUAGUAAGAUUAAUAUGAAAACAAAUCGGUAUCUUAUUUUACUGAGAAGUGAAUUGCUGCUCCUGUUGGGAGUUUGUGGUUGAGAAAUUGACCCAAAUGGCUUAUUAAGUGUUGAAGGUUGCAGACCCCGGUCAUAGAUGGAUGCAAACUGAUCAAUUAGUUUGUGCCCAACAAAGAAAUGUGAUUUUUACCCAAUCAGAAACUUUUGUGUGUGUGAAACUUCACUUUAACCUCAAAGAAGAUUAACUUCAUCUCAGCUUCCAGCAGUCGGGGCUGCUGUGCUAAAUUAUCGGAUGCAUGGAAAUAUUUUUUUAUUCUCCGAAAAACCCAAGGAGGAAAAUUAAGUGCUUUCUCGCUUUCUUGUCUGUGUGCCUGCAGAUGUAGUUUAGAUUUUUUUUGACCUGCAAAGAUGAAUGGAAGUUUUGAAUGUCAUUCCAGAGAUUCUCUGUACCCCAAAGUAGAAGAGAAUCUGAGCUCCAAAACUAAUUUCUGAAUCAGAACACUUUGAUGAUGAAAAUCUGUUGAUGAGAAAAUGAAUAAAGUGCUGUUUUUUUUUAUUUGCCACACAGUGUUGUACUAAAAAGUGAUGCUAAAUUCUAAAAUGUGUUCUGUUUUAAACUUUUCGGGUCAUAAAUCAUGUCAUCUGGAAUUAAACCGUUAGAGAAAAGUUUGCUUGUAUUUAAUGCCGGACGUUAGUCAGGUUAUGAUUUUAAAAAUGCUUUUGCCUUUUAUGCUUUGAUGCCAAUAAAUUGUGGAUGACUAAAGACA